GGGUGUGUGUGCUCUCCAGAGAGACAGAGAGGUAUAGAGGUAGAGGGAAAAGCCCUUCCUCGGGCACGGUCACAACACGAUCCCUCCUCCAUUUCUCCAUCCGAUUGCGAUUUGGGACACAUGGCAUGUGGGAUUGGGAUUCGAACUGUGAUCAGCCACAUGAGAUCUAGCUCCCUUAACCAUUAGACCAUAGUACCAGCCCAAAAGAGUUCAUUUUCAUAUGGAAUGAGAAUCAGGCAAUGCUGUUUCCAUUGUAUAGAUGAUGCAACUGAGUCUCGGAGUGAAUGACUUGCCCAAAGUUAUAGAGCCAGGAUAUGAACUCUUUCUGGUAGCUGGCUCAGGGUUACCAUGGAAGGAGAGAAAGAACUCACUCAUGGAAGCAAUUACACUUUGGAUAUGGGAGCACUCCAGAAAGCUUGAGCACUUGAGAGCCAGGGAAAUAUGGGUUCAAAUCACAGCACUGUCAUAGCACGUGUCUUUGGACAAGUUCUAAGGUACACAGGGGCCUCAGUUUUCCUGUCUGUAAAGUGGGCACAGCAACACCUACAGCACAAAGCCAUAGCAAUCGCUCAGUGAGAGGAUGUCAAUGUGUAGUGCCCAGUACGCUGGGAUACCACCAGCUUCUGGAAGAGCCCAGGUGAGCUCCAGUCCAGCCUCGUGAAACUGCAGUGCUUCCUGCUCUUAAGUGUCCCAGGUUGAAAUGCGCAGCUGCAACAUACAGGCAGGGAUGGAGUGAUCUUGCCGAAUAAUCGUUGUGCGCAUGCGCUGCUGCUGCAAGUCACGUGGCCAAUGCUGUUCAAGCGCGCAGGUGCGGGGCUUGAAGACCGGUUCUGCCUUCAAUGAGACUUUUGUUUCUGCUCUUCCAGGAGCACCGAAGGAGACUGAGCCUCCCUACAGACUAAAGAUAAAUUUCAUUUGAAGCACACUGGAAGGAUGAAAAAAUCUGAUUGCUUCAAAAGACCAAAGGAUGCGCCAGGAGGAGAAGAGCAGCUACAUGGUGGUGCAGACCAGCGAGGAGGGGCUGGCGGCCAGCGAGGAGCUCCCUGGGCCGCUCCUGAUGCUGGCCCAGAACUGCGCCGUCAUGCACAACCUGCUGGGCCCUGCCUGCAUUUUCCUGCGCAAGGGCUUCGCCGAGAACAGGCAGCCUGACAGAUCACUGCGGCCAGAGGAGAUCGAAGAACUCCGAGAGGCCUUUAAAGAAUUUGAUAAGGACAAGGACGGCUACAUCAACUGCCGGGACCUGGGCAACUGCAUGCGCACCAUGGGCUACAUGCCCACCGAGAUGGAGCUCAUCGAACUGUCCCAGCAGAUCAACAUGAACCUGGGUGGUCACGUGGACUUUGAUGACUUCGUGGAGCUAAUGGGGCCCAAACUCCUGGCGGAGACGGCAGAUAUGAUUGGAGUAAAGGAACUGCGGGAUGCUUUCCGGGAGUUUGAUACCAACGGUGAUGGGGAGAUAAGCACCAGUGAGUUGCGAGAGGCCAUGAGGAAGCUCCUGGGUCACCAGGUGGGGCACCGAGACAUAGAGGAAAUUAUCCGAGAUGUGGACCUCAAUGGAGAUGGACGAGUGGACUUUGAAGAGUUUGUCCGGAUGAUGUCCCGCUGAGGCUGCCAGGGCCCCUCCAGGACUGCCAAGCUCCACAGGCGGGGAGAAGAGGAGCCAGAGCUCGCCUCACCCUGCCGAAGCGCCGAGAGCCCAGGAUGUACUGGCGGAUGGGGCCUGCCUGCACGCCGGGGAGGUGCCCACCCCGGACCCCCACCCCUCCGCACUGUGAAAGACUCACAACUCCUGCAACUGGAAAGGGGGGCGCCCACCAACGAGGAGGCCACAGUGCCAAGCCGGCAGAGGUCAUGCCAGGCGCCAAGUGCCAUGUACCCAGCCGUUGCUGGCUGGGUGGGCCAGGGAGCCCGCCAGCAGACCCCACACAGCAUGUCCGCCCCAGGGCAAAGCCUCUCGCUGCCCUCCUUAGCUCUGUGCCCUCCCAGCUCGCCUCAGCCCUGUUAUCUCAGAACCAAUAAAAGUAUUUCCGAGAGAAA